AUUUCCCGCCUGUUACCUCAUGUCAUGGAAUGUCCUAACCAUUCCUUCGCUACUUGGGCUUUGCUCUUUCCGGUUUGUAUUCUCACAAAGAUGCCGUCUGUAACGCUAAAGGACGUUGAUCAGCAAAAAUUUGUGAAGGCUUUCGCAGCCUUUCUCAAAAAAACUGGCAAGAUGCGGGUACCAGAAUGGGUAGAUAUUGUGAAGACAGCGAAAUUCAAGGAACUGGCUCCUUAUGAUCCUGACUGGUACUACAUCAGAUGUGCAGCCCUAGUGCGUCACAUCUAUAUUCGUAGCCCAAUUGGAGUCGGUGCUGUUACCAAGAUCUUUGGUGGACGCAAACGCAAUGGCACCCAUCCCAGCCACUUCUGUCGAUCGGCGGGGGGGGGCGCAGCACGCAAGGCACUCCAAAGCUUGGAGCAGUUGAAGCUGAUUGAGAAGGCACCCCUUGGUGGACGCAAAUUAACUAGCCAAGGACGCAGGGACUUGGAUCGAAUCGCUGCACAAGUUAAAGCUAAGAGCAAAAAGCAACUUAAGCUUCAGGAAGUUGUAAUGUAAUAUUCUUUUAUGUUUCUGUAAUAAAACACAUUUAACUACUUGAA